CGAUAAACUUCCAACUCAUGCGAACGCAAUAUUUUCUAAAUCCCUAUGCAAUACACCCCUAAAUCAAUCUAUGGUCCUGUGAAAUCCCAAUAUGAGUGGGGAUGGCAAUACAACUGAAUAAUGACUAUGAUGAUGAUAAAGAUAUCGAGCUUCCAUUUCCCAACAGAGUGCCAUUUCCCUCCUCCGGGGCGCCUGUUGCCGUACUAUUACAGUGUACGAACCUGUUACCAUUCCCGCUCACCUCCCGCUCCGAUUUCUCACGGAAACAAUAACCUUGGGUAUCGGAGAUAUCCACCGGCCAAAUUUGGUUCUUCUGCAACACGGACUUCGAAGGCUUCUCCAAAAGACAUUGAGAUUUCGUGCUCGGAUGGUUUGUUCUCUGAGGUGUUCGGAGAAGCUGCCCGGAAUGAUGGUAUCGAUGUUGUGAUUGAAGAGACGGGUACAAAUCAACGCACGAUUAGAUCCAAAGUUGUCGUGAAUGCCAGCCUUGACACUGUCUGGAACGUCCUCACAGAUUAUGAAAGACUGCCUGACUUCAUUCCUGGUCUGACAGUCAGCCAGUUGCUUCAGAAGCAGCCCAAUUUUGCUCGUCUUUUCCAGGUAUCCUUUUCUCUAUCUUCAAUUAUCAACUCUUUAAUUCCGGAGUGAUAGUGCCGGCGGCUUCUGUGACUCUGGACUCUGUCCCUUUUUGCUGGAUCAACGUGCCACUGUGGGCCCAAGCCAAACAUGAAUGGAGUUAUGGAGAUAGGAGUGUAGGAUAAAGGAGGUGAGGGAGGUAUCCCCUUAUCACCAAGGAAGAGGUCCAGCUUAGGUGGUCACUAGUCCCGACCCCCGGGUAAAAAAAGAGAUUGGAGAGCAAACCUUUUUAUUUGGGCUGAAACUUGAUGCUAAAGGUGUUAUAGAUUGCUAUGAAAAAGAACUCCAAAUUCUUCCACAUGGCCGAAGGCGCGAUAUUUACUUUAAGAUGAUAGAAGGUGAUUUUCAAGUCUUUGAAGGAAAGUGGUCGGUGGAACAGUAUAUAGUUGCUGUCACUGCUGGUAGAAAAAUUUGAUAAAUUGUUGUAGAGUUGAGCUCAACUGGCUGAGUGCUUUGGAUGUUACAGUACAAUACUUGUGGAGACAGACCUUGUGAUACUGCAUUAUGCCAAGAAUUAUGGACAACUCUUUUAUAUGCAGUUCGUGUGGAGCCUAAGUUAUGGUUGCCUGUACGACUUCUUGAAAGCAAACUUAGUGAAGAGAUAAAAGCCAACUUAUCUAGUGUUCGAGAAGAAGCACAAAGAGUAUGCCAUAGCAAUCAUCCAUCAGAGUAGGUGCUUUGUUCUUUUCCCCACAUUUGUGAUGAGUUUAUCUCCACCUGUUUAGUGGUGCCGCCAAGCCUUGGCCUGGCAUGUGAUACUCAAAAGCUACUCGGGAGUCUCAAUGCUUAUAUAUGAUGCACAUUUGGACCACGUUGCUGCGGAUCUGGUCCACAUGCCGCAUCGAGGAAGGGCCGUCUGAGAAAAAAAGACCCUUGUGAACUCAGCUUUAGAGGAAUUUGGGAUGUGUGUGAGGGUGUGUUUGGGAGUUUGCACAUAAUAGCUUUGCAUGCAAAGUAAUAGCAUACAAUUAGGGUUAAACAAAUCGAAUCGAGUUGAAUAAUGUGAUUUUGUAUUUGUAUUUGUUUAAUUUAUUCGAAUCCGAAUCCGGAUUCGAAUAUGAAACGAAUAUUUAUUUCGAUUUGUAUUUGUUUAACAAUACGAAUAGUCGAAUAGUUAACGAAUCAUGUAUGAAUAUCGAAUCGAUUCGAGCAUAAGUUCCUAUAUUUUUAUGUUAUAAAUGCAUGUUAUGAGUUAUGACUUAA